GGCGUCGAUCUCUCGCCGAGCAGAAUGCCAAGAUGGCAGGCCUGCUCCUCCCCACCGAUGGCAGCCCUGUGUUCCGCCGCUUCACGAUGGACUCGCUGGCGGCGAUCGAGAGGCGCAUGGAGGAGGAGGCCGCCGAGCGCGCCAAGGAGCUGGAGCUGAACCCCAACCCCGCGCCGCUCACCGAGGAGGAGGAGGCCAACCUCCCCAAGCCCUCCAGCGACCUUGAGGCCGGCAAGGUCGUGCCCUUCAUCUUCGGCGACGCUCCAAAGGAGCUGCUCAACGUGCCCCUGGAGGACCUGGACCCCUUCUACAAGGCCCAGAAGACCUUCAUCGUGAUCAACAAGGGGAACACCAUCUUCAGGUUCAACGCGGACCCGGCCUGCUACUGCCUCAGCCCCUUCAGCAUCGUCAGGCAGAUAGCCAUUAAAAUUCUCAUACAUGGAUUGUUCAGUAUGUUCAUCAUGUUUACCAUUCUAGCCAACUGUGUGUUUAUGACGAUGAGUGACCCUCCACCGUGGAGUAAAACUGUGGAGUAUGUUUUUACUGGUAUCUACACCUUUGAGGCUACUACCAAAGUGCUAUCCAGAGGCUUCUGUGUCGGAGACUUCACAUUCCUUCGAGAUCCAUGGAACUGGCUCGAUUUCAUGGUCAUCAGCAUGGCGUAUCUCACAGAGUUUGUGGAUCUCGGUAACGUGUCUGCUCUGAGGACAUUCCGAGUUCUUCGUGCCCUGAAAACUAUCACUGUAAUUCCUGGUCUGAAGACCAUCGUGGGCGCUCUGAUCCAGUCUGUGAAGAAGCUGCGCGACGUGAUGAUCCUGACAGUGUUCUGCCUGGCCGUCUUUGCGCUGGUGGGCCUGCAGCUCUUCAUGGGCAACCUCAGGCAGAAGUGCGUGCUGUGGCCGCCCAAGAACUGGACCCACAUUCUGGAGGAGGACCCUUACGCCGACAGCAUCACGCCCACACCCCUCUACCCGACCUACGGCCCCACCGCAGACUACAACGACACCACCAACAGCACCUUCGACUUCCAGGCGUACAUAAGCAACCGAGAGCACCAUUAUUUCCUGGAUGGAGCGUUAGACCCGCUGCUGUGCGGGAACAGCUCAGAUGCAGGUGUCUGUCCUGAUGGGUACACAUGCUUGAAGGCGGGGGACAACCCUAACUAUGGCUACACCAACUACGACUCGUUCGGCUGGGCCUUCCUGGCGCUGUUCCGCCUCAUGACGCAGGACUACUGGGAGAACCUUUUCCAGCUGACGCUGCGUGCGGCCGGUAAGACCUACAUGCUGUUCUUCGUGGUGAUGAUCUUCCUGGGCUCCUUCUACCUGAUCAACCUGAUCCUGGCGGUGGUGGCCAUGGCCUACGACGAGCAGAACAGCGCCACCAUCCAGGAGGCCAAGGAGAAGGAGGAGGAGUACGCCCGCAUCCUGGAGGAGAUGAAGAGACAGCAGGAGCAGCGGCGAGCAAGCAGAGUGUCCCAGUUGAGUCAGGACAGGAAGAGUCUCAUAGAGGAGAAGCCGCCGGACGACAAGCAGAGCCUCGAGAAGAGUGGCCAAGAAGAGAACAAGAAGCCCCUGAGUGACGGAGAGGCUGCAGUGGUGUCGGCCCCGAAGACCAAUGGCAGCAUGGAUUACCUGCAGGUGCCCGCUGCUGCCCAGGACAGGAAGGGAAGCUGUACCAGUGCCGUCACCGUAGCCAGCAAAGCGGAGGAGCUGGAGGAGCUGGAGGAGCUCCAGAGGCCGUGUUCCCCCGGCUGGUACAAGUUUGCGGACAUCUUCCUGAAGUGGAACUGCUGCCCGCCGUGGGUCUUCUUCAAGAAGUGGAGCUACAUCGUGGUGAUGGACCCGUUCGUGGACCUGGGCAUCACCAUCUGCAUCGUGCUCAACACCGUCUUCAUGGCCAUGGAGCACUACCCCAUGACCGAGUCCUUUGAGAACAUGCUGACCGUGGGGAACCUGGUGUUCACGGGCAUCUUCACGGCUGAGAUGGUGUUCAAGCUGAUCGCCAUGGACCCCUACUACUAUUUCCAGGUGGGGUGGAACAUCUUCGACAGCAUCAUCGUCACCAUGAGUCUGGUGGAGCUGGGCCUGGCUGACGUGCAGGGUCUCUCCGUGCUGCGAUCCUUCCGUCUGAUGCGUGUCUUCAAGCUGGCCAAGUCCUGGCCCACCCUCAACAUGCUGCUGCGCAUCAUCGGCAACUCGGUGGGCGCGCUGGGCAACCUGACCCUGGUGCUGGGCAUCAUCGUCUUCAUCUUCGCCGUGGUGGGCAUGCAGCUCUUCGGCAAGAACUACAAGGACUGCGUCUGCAAGAUCGCCGAGGACUGCGUGCUGCCGCGCUGGCACAUGCACGACUUCUUCCACUCCUUCCUCAUCGUGUUUCGCAUCCUGUGCGGCGAGUGGAUCGAGACCAUGUGGGACUGCAUGGAGGUGGCGGGCCAGAGCAUGUGCCUCAUCGUCUUCAUGAUGGUCAUGGUCAUCGGGAACCUGGUGGUGUUGAACCUCUUCCUGGCCCUGCUGCUGAGCUCGUUUAGCGGUGACAACCUGGCCCCUCCGGACGACGACGGAGAGAACAACCUGCAGAUCGCCAUUGGCCGCAUCAACUGGGGCAUCGACUACGCCAAGGCCUUCGUCAUCGACAACGUGCGCAAGCUGCUCGGUCUCAAACCUAAACCUAAACCGGGUGAGGACGGGGAGGAGGGGGAGGAGAAGGAGAAGGAUGGUGGUGAGGAUGCGGAUGAGCACGGCAAGACCAACAACCUGGCACUGAACCAUAUGGACUCGGACGGCAUGGAGGUGAAGAAGGUAGACGGCGUGUGGGGCUGGCCAGAGGAGGAGGAUGACGAAUACGCUCCGGAGGCGAUCUACAGGACCGCUCUGACCCUCAAGGUGCCCAUCGCCAGGGAGGAGUCGGACUCCGACACGCGCGACGACAGCGCCUCAGAGGACGAGCAGGAGCAAGAGGCAGCCGAUGGCGAGAAAAAGAAGAGGGUGCCGGAUGGGGAUGAUUCGUCGGUGUGCAGCACAGUAGACAGGGGCCCGGAGGUAGAGGAGGUGGAGGAAGAGGAGGAGGAGGAUGAGGACAUGCCUCAGGAGUGCUACACUGAGAAUUGCCUGCGUCGGUGCCCUUGUCUGACCCUGGACAUCAGCGAGGGGAAGGGCAAACGCUGGUGGAACCUGCGCAAGACCUGCUUCCUCAUCGUGGAGCACAACUACUUCGAGACCUUCAUCAUCUUCAUGAUCCUCAUGAGCAGUGGAGCACUGGCUUUUGAGGACAUCCACAUAGAGCAGAGGAGAGUGAUUAAGAUCGUCCUGGAGUACGCUGACCAGGUGUUCACCUAUAUCUUCAUCGUGGAGAUGCUGUUGAAAUGGGUGGCGUACGGCUUCAAAGUCUAUUUCACCAACGCAUGGUGCUGGCUUGACUUCCUCAUUGUUGAUGUUUCCAUCAUCAGUCUUACGGCCAACAUCCUGGGCUAUUCUGAGCUGGGGCCAAUCAAAUCCCUGCGUACACUCAGGGCCCUCAGGCCUCUCCGAGCGCUGUCCAGAUUUGAGGGCAUGAGGGUGGUGGUGAAUGCUUUGGUGGGGGCCGUCCCGUCUAUCUUCAACGUGCUGCUGGUGUGCCUGAUCUUCUGGCUCAUCUUCAGCAUCAUGGGUGUCAACCUGUUUGCCGGGAAGUUCUACCACUGCAUGAACACCACCUCCGAGGAGAUGUUCCUCACGGAUGUCGUCAACAACAGGUCAGACUGUAUGAACCUUGUGGACGCCGGCCUGGACGCCCGAUGGAUGAACGUCAAGGUCAACUACGACAACGUGGGCAUGGGAUACCUCUCUCUGCUCCAAAUAUCAACAUUCAAAGGUUGGAUGGACAUCAUGUAUGGAGCCGUUGAUUCACGUGGGAUUGAGGAUCAGCCAGAGUACGAGGCCAAUCUCUACAUGUAUCUGUAUUUUGUUAUCUUCAUCAUUUUCGGCUCAUUCUUCACUCUCAACCUCUUCAUCGGUGUCAUCAUUGACAACUUUAACCAGCAGAAAGCAAAGUUUGGAGGUAAAGACAUCUUCAUGACAGAGGAACAGAAGAAAUACUACAACGCCAUGAAGAAACUGGGCUCCAAGAAGCCUCAGAAACCUAUACCCAGACCAGAGAACAAGUUCUCUGGCCUGGUCUUUGACCUGGUGACCCAGCAGUUCUUCGACAUCCUGAUCAUGACGCUGAUCAUGCUCAACAUGAUCACCAUGAUGGUGGAGACGGACGACCAGAGCAAGGAGAAGGAGGAAAUCCUCUUCCUCAUCAACCUGGCCUUCAUAUGCAUCUUCACCACCGAGACCACUCUGAAGAUGAUCGCCCUCCGCUAUCACUUCUUCACCAUCGGCUGGAACAUUUUCGACUUUGUCGUCGUGAUUCUGUCCAUCAUAGGUCUCGUGUUGGCAGACAUCAUUGAGAAGUAUUUUGUGUCUCCAACUCUGUUCCGUGUGAUCCGAUUGGCCAGAAUCGGUCGGGUCCUGCGUCUCAUUCGAGGCGCCAAGGGAAUCAGAACGCUCCUGUUUGCCCUGAUGAUGUCACUUCCUGCCCUGUUCAACAUUGGCCUCCUCCUCUUCCUCAUCAUGUUCAUCUUCUCCAUCUUCGGCAUGUCCAACUUCGCCUACGUGAAGCGCGAGGGCAUGAUCGACGACAUGUUCAACUUCGAGACGUUUGGCAACAGCAUCAUCUGCCUGUUCAUGAUCACCACGUCGGCGGGCUGGGACGGGCUCCUGUCGCCCAUCAUGAACAGCGGCCCGCCCGACUGUGAUCCGGACCUGGAGAACCCUGGCUCGGACGUUCGGGGCAACUGCGGCAGCCCCGGCGUGGGCAUCGUCUUCUUCUGCACGUACAUCGUCAUAUCCUUCCUGGUGGUGGUCAACAUGUACAUCGCCAUCAUCCUGGAGAACUUCAACGUGGCCACGGAGGAGAGCGCCGACCCGCUGUGCGAGGACGACUUUGAGAUGUUCUACGAGACCUGGGAGAAGUUCGACCCGGACGCCUCGCAGUUCAUCGCCUACGAGAAGCUCUCGGAGUUCUGCGACACGCUCAAGGACCCGCUGCGCAUCCCCAAGCCCAACACCAUCAAGCUGAUCACCAUGGACCUGCCCAUGGUGCCCGGCGACAAGAUCCACUGCCUGGACAUCCUGCUGGCGCUGACGGCUGAGGUGCUGGGCGACUCGGGCGAGAUGGACAACCUGAAGGACAGCAUGGAGGAGAAGUUUAUGGCCAACAACCCGUCCAAGGCCUCCUACGAGCCCAUCACCACCACGCUGAAGCGCAAGCAACAGGACGUAGCGGCCCGCGUCAUCCAGCGCACCUGGCGCAAGUACAUCCUGCAGCGCACCAUCAAACACGCCUCCUACCUGUUCCGCGAGAGGUCAGACCGUACCAGCGAGGGCGAGGAGCCGCCCGAGAAGGUAGGCAUGAUCGCCGUGAGGAUGAGCCGUCUCUACGGCGACGGCAGCUACGACGACUUCGACGAUUCGUGGGACGUGGGGUACGACACGAUGCCGUUGACCCCCUCGUCCGGUCCCGUGGCUCUGCAGAGCGAGGUGCUUCUGCACUCGGCGCCGUUCGCCAUCCUUGACACGGAUACUGACACUAAUACUGCCGCGUAUGUGGACAGUCUGAGAGAGACCAUUGUUUAGACAGGAUUGGUUUUUGAUUGAUAGUCAAUGGAGGUCAUUGUGAGUGCAUGGGUGUCUUCAAAGGCAUUAUGAAGAAGACCUCCGUGAUUCACCUCAUGGCUGCACAAGGUCAGGUACAAGGUCAAGUCAAGAUAGAACUUUCUUGGUCUGAUGCUUAUUGAUCGAUUGUGUUGAUUGUGAAAAUGUAAUUCUUAGUCAGGGGAUUGACUUUACAGUCGGACAUAUGAGUUGGUAGCAAUAGCAGUUUUGACAGGUCUUUUUUAUAAAUGUUCAAUGGUCCCUUUUUAAAAAAAAGAUUGUUGCAAACAAAAACGACCCCUAUGCACAUAGCUGCUGCCCUGGUAGGACCUCUACCUUGCACUGAUUUUCUAUUAAUAUUCUAUAUCUGAAUAUUGUCCUUACUUCUCACUGUGAUUAUUUAUUGCUGUAUGCAUGGCUGGUUUGCAGCAGUGGUAUGGAAGGUGACACAAACUACAAAUGUAUGAAAUUUACAAUUAUAUUUAGCUGACACUCUUAUCCAGCUCUACUGUAUUACUCUUAUUAUUACUGUACUACAAUUAUUAGUAUUCUAUUACUCUCACUUAUCCAUUACUAAUCUUAAUAUUGUUACUAAAAUAGUAAAAUAUUACAUAUGGUGAGCGAGAUAUAUUUCUAAAUCAAUCAAAAAUGAAAACAGAAAAAAACUAUUUCCACACCAGACAAACCAUUAUAAUGUUUUUCAUAAGAUCAUUAAAAUACAUUUAAAAAAUAAAAUAUUUGAAAAUAUUGAAGUAUUAAUUCGUAGCGUUAUCGGUAAAUGAGAAUAUUUGUCAACUCAGACUAUUGUUAUAUGACACUACCUGAUUGCCUGAUGUUCAAAAAUAGCACACCUUAUAUUACUAUUUUAUCACUGUAUGUCUCAAAGGACGUUUUUCUGGCGUCAACCAGUUCUGUGUGCAUGAUGUACGUAGUCUAGUGAUGGCUAUAUGGGGUAUGUUCUGAACUUCUGACUGUAUGCAUUUGUACAGCAUAUUAAUAUGCAAUUAUGAUAUUACAUGUCCAUCAGACUAAUACUUUUAGUAACUUUGUUGUAAAGGAGCAAAUGGAUGAUGUUAACAGAGACUUAGAUAUUGCAAUUUGCAAACACAUGACAAAAGUGUGAUGACACUAAAAUGUGCCAAAGGAUGAUUAUAAGCAACUGUCCCUAAAUUGAGUUAGCUUUUGACAAGUAGGCCUAUUGAAGUUAUUUAUUUAGGUUAAGGUAUACAUUUAGGUUAAAUAUAUUUUCUGGAUGGAUGGAUGGAUGGAUGAAUGAAUGAAUUAUGAUUAUGUGAAUGAAACUCCACAGAAGAAAUUUGUACCCCAGAAGGAAUUUGUACAUCACAUUUAAAACAGUCAUAGAAAAAAAUAGCAGGUCUUAGGUACUGACAUGUAAAUGUAAAUUGUAGCACCCCCUUAAAAUGUAAUCCCUCAUAUCGCGCCCGUACAGUAUGUGUUACAAUCAUAUGAAAGAGCCCCCCACAAUACAUACAAUGUAAUGAGAACCCAAUUCUGGGCCCCCUCUCUCCCUGGGCCAGUAACAACGUAACCCCCCCCCCCUUUGUAUAACUGUAAUAAUAUACUGUAUUGUUAUAACUGCAGUGAAUGUUACCGUUCACAUAUCACUUAUAUUGAACAAAAGCACUCAUUACUUUCAGAACGAUUUUCUGGACUAUAAAAUGAAAUUUAAUGUAGUUUAACGCCCCUUUAACCCUUUUGCGAAAACGAGCAUAUAGGGUGACUUAUUGCUUCAUGUCACGGACAAAGUAGUUUAUUUUCUAGAUUAAUUUAUUUUUAUAUAAAAAAUAUUUUCUAUUGUUUGCCUUGUAAAAUGCUUUGAUUAUUGUAGCUCAUGGCUUGUCAUAGAUUUUGUGUUCUUUAUUGCCUUGUUUACAUGUUGAUGCCUUGAUCAACUCAUCAAAUUAAUUUUAAGUUUAAAACUGGCAAUUGCAUGUAAAGAGCUGUAAUGUAGAGACAUUUCAUUUCUUUUCAUUUAACCCUUACUUAGCCAGGAAAGGGCAUGUUCUGUCACAGUCCUCAACAAAAUGGCUCAUUAUACUCUAAUUCAUUAAUACCAUACAAUAAUUAACCCACUGGGAAACAUAAGGGACACUGAGUUAUUGAAUGAAUGUGCUCAUAUUUAAUAUGAUAAUAAUUUAUUAAGUUUAAGGCUUCAACUUUAUCACACGGACGACAUUAUUGAAUAAUCGUUUGACUACACAUUUUUUUAUGUAUUUAUGUGAUGACAUAUUUGCUGUUUGACAUUUUGAAGCAAUCAUUAACCUUCUUCAAAAAUAUACUAACUAAUUUAUUGACUUUCCACACCAGAAGUCUUACCCAAUCAUUUCUUCUUUGAGUCUUUCUUCAGCGUCAGCGAAGAAGCCAGUCAGAACGUGUGAGUGUUGUGACUGCUUGUUUUCGUUUUGUUUUGUGAUUUUUUUGUGUGUAAAUUCACAUGUCGAGAUUGUAUACUGCUUGUUGUUUUGUUUUGUUUUUUAACAAAAAGGCAAGACAAGUUGAUCUUCCUGUUCUGCUGUUUUUGUUGCAUUAUGAUGAUCAUUUCCUUUUGCAGCAGAAAAGUCCCGUCAGCUGAACUGCUGCUUGUUAAGGGCUAUGCUGACGUUUGAAUCCUCUUCUGCUUGUAUGUGACUAGACGGAUUGGUAUUGAGCCACUGGAGUACUCGUCAACCACAUUCUUGGAACCAUUGGUCAAAUCAUAUUAUGAUGAGGAUUGUGUUAUUCUGUAAAGGCAAAGAUUAUUUCGGUGUCUUCGGUCCUAUAAAUGGUUAAGAAAAGGGUUGUACGGUACACUAUAGUCUUAAGUGUGACACACCCCAAUAUUGUUGUCAGCAGUAUGUCAAGGGCCAAGAGGCCAGCAGAAUUUUGAAGAAACCAGGGUUCUAUGGGGCUUUUGAGUAGAACUCUGGGUGCACUUUGGAAUGUUCUUGGGUCUAGAAUGUACCCUCUGUACCCUAUGCAUGCCAAGACUGAAAAUCAGAAUGAUGUGAGUUGUAUUUGAGGAUGCUUUGGUAAAUGGGUAGAUGUCACUAUGUGUGUUUUCAUUGUACACUGUAGACCAGGGGUUGUCCUUGCUGCUCUGUGGGCCAACUUCCUCUUCAUCUCUUUUUGCUCCUACACAUUUGUCUUGUCCAGAACGUUGCGAGAUAAUUGCUAUUUAGGACAAAUAAAUGUGUUUAUUUUAAUCACAUCACAGAGUGAUGAUAGAAAAGAGAAAGUUUAAUACGACUGACUGAAUCGCUAACUGACUUCUGAAAUCAAUCCAAUAGGCCAUGGGUGGGAUGGGCAAAUGAAACUACAAGUAGGUCAUAUGGAAACUGAGUUGAUGUUAGCAUUAGCUACGUAGUCAUCAACCUUACUGUGCACACUCUGUGACCUGAAACAACAGGCCUUUGGAUUGAUCAAUGCCAGAUUUCUCUUUCAACCCAUUGAUGCCUAAAACAGCCGCCAAAAACCCUGCUAAAUGCCUAAAAUAUUUCUUGGAGAAGGUACUUUUGGCCUUUAAAAACCUAAAUAUGUCAGCCUCUGAAGCACAUAAAACAUGACAUUAAAUGUAUUUAAAAGCUAAGACCCCCAUUUUUAUUAGAACAUGUUCAUUCAGAAGUAACGUACCAAGGUGUUAAAAAAAAAAUCUCAAAUCUCAUGAGCCUGAAUGCUGCAUCAUGCAGUGUCAGGAGCUAGGGUCAAGGGUCAAGGUUGCACUACGCAGCAUCCGGCAUCCCUGGAUUAAGUCAGAUGUCUACACAGUAUGGAACAAAAAGAAGGAAGCCUUGGUUUGAUUGUAGUUGGAAUAGAGUGAAGUAUCUCUGCUUUAGGUUAAAAAGGACAGCCCCUCUAGAAUGUGUGUAUUCUUGAAGAUGCUUGUACAUAUGUAUUAUGAAUACAAUUUUGGAAUUGUUUUUUAGCUCUUUUACAAAAUGCAUAAUAAAUACACAAAAAAUCAAUAAAAACUGUAAAGAAAACAGCACAUUUUGAGCUGACUUCUCAAGCUACUGGUGUCAGAGCAAAUGAGCAACAUUUUCACUGUAUGUGACACAUAUAUUUUCUUCUUCUUUUUUUUUUUUUAGAAUGGAUUAUAUCUGGAGAGGAGAUAUGGUACUUCCAGGUGUAAUAAAAUGUAUAGCAUUGCAAGGGACAUGUCUGUGCACUUUUAGCCUAUGUGCCUACUUGUAUAGUGCACAGAAAAACAGUGUUAUUUCAACUCUCAAAUCUUUUAGACUGCAUUUGGUCCCAGACUCUGUCACUGUUGAAUUAAGAUUGCAUUGUGUUUACUGUUUGUAAACUCUACAGUCCAAACUACUGUCACAGUACAGUAGGCGUAUGUGUGUCCAUAUUCACUGGCAAAUGACAAGCAUAGGCACAUGCACAUGCUUGAUGCAUGGCAUAUGUACUACAAAUUGUAAUUUGUCUUCACAAAUUAUUUUGUCUUUAUUGGGUCUGUAACAAUGAUAAAGUAUACAGGUUGAUGGUCUGUAAUGAUACAGUAAAUUCACACGUUGGAUUUUUUCCUUUAGCUGCAACAUGCCAUCUACUGGUUCACUCUAAAUGUCACAACUUUAAACAUGUGGGA